AUGGCUCACCAAAACAAAGCACCACCACAACAACAACAACCACGGCCACAACCCCAGCAACAACAACAACAACCAGUCUCAACGAUCCCCAUCCUCCACAGCAUCGCCCCUGCCAUCUUCACCUGGAUAACGGACGAGGACCUCCUCGCCCCAUUCACACCCCCCACCGACCCCGUCGACCUGCUCAAGGCUAGGCUCCGGGAGAUCGAGGCGCACGCCGAGGAGGUCCGCGCCAACCUCCUCAGCCUCUUCCGGCGCGAGUGCCUCCGCAUCAUCCAGGAGGCCGAGGGGGAGGACGGCGACAACACCACGGUGCACCUCGCGCCCCUCGUGUCCCAGCAGGAGGUCGACGACAUGAUCAGCAACAUGAGGCGGAACACAAGCGAGGCCCGCGACAGGUCCCGGAGCAGGGUGCUCAUACAAAACGACAUCUUCGGGCAGCCCAACAUGAACGUGCUGCCGAUGAGGAACCCGAGGGAGGCGGCCGUGGCGCAGAUCCAGGCCGUCAUCAGCCAGGGGCUGUGCGAUCUCGAAUCGUACAAGACCAAGGUGGACGAGCUCAGGCAGCAGAUCAAGAGCGAGAUCGACAGGGGGACGCGGAGGCAGGGCACGGAUCGGAUGGACUUGAGUUUCUGA